AUGGCAGAAGAGAAUCAACCAGCCUACCUCUCACCCAGUGAGCUCGGCACCAAAGACUACUGGGAAACAUAUUACGCCCGCACCUUGGCCCACAUCUCCAACCCCACAGACUCAACCAAGCCCGAAGACGACGCCGACGCCGACGCAGAUUCCGACUCGGACGUGAACGACGAAGACGAUCCCGGCACAUCCUGGUUCUCCGAACACAACGCGCCUCAAAAAGUCCUCCACUUCCUCACCCGCAAAUCCUUCCCCUUGUCUCCGCGCAAUACCCGUAAUGGCGCAGCGCAACCUCAGAUCCUGGACCUGGGAACGGGCAACGGGAGCAUGUUAGCCCUGUUACGCAAACGAGGUGGAUUUACGGGCGAGAUGGUUGGAGUGGAUUAUUCUGCGCGGAGUGUUGAAUUGGCAAGGGAAUUGCAGCGCUCGAGGGGACAUUCUGCUUAUCGUACUGAUUCCGAGGAGGAGGAUAGUGAGGAAGAGGAUGACGAUGAGAAUACAGAUGGAUAUGAAGCUGGGAAUAAGGCACCGGGUGAGGCUUUACUUAUUCGGUUUGAAGAGUGGGAUGUCCUUGGUUCAAAGGCUUGUCUUUCCCCAUCUGGGGAUGCUGUUGAGGUCACUGGUGAGGCAUUGGAUUGGUUCCCUUACCAGCAGGGCGGAUUCGAUAUUGUGCUUGAUAAGGGGACUUUCGAUGCCAUCUCCUUGGCGGGUGAUGCGAAGGAGACGAGGGUUUGUGAGCGGUAUCCUGAUAUUGCGAGGCGGUUGUUGAGACGGGGUGGAUUCCUUGUUGUGACGAGCUGCAAUUGGACGGAGGAUGAGCUUGUGAAGUGGUUUACUGGGGCCGAGGGAAAGGAUCGACUGGUUGUUUGGGGACGUGUGGAAUACCCGCGGUUUCGAUUUGGGGACAGGAGGGGCAGGGAGUGUGUACGGUGUGUUUCCAGAGAGUUGUAG